AUGUUUUGGAAAAUUCGCAUUAUCUGGUUAAAGGUUGAUAAGCUAGUGGAUCGUUACCAGUCUUCAACCCUAAUUGAUGACAAGAGAGAUGCUCUCCGAACUCUUAAAGCCCUUUCCAAGAAAUACAGACUGGAAGUGGGGACGCAAGCUAUGAGUAUAUUUGUGUCGGUGUUAAAAUCGGAUUGGGAAGACUCAGAUUCCGUUUGUUACGCAUUAGAGGGUCUUUAUGCUGUAAUGAAUGAUGGGGAAAAUGAUCAAGGUUAG